AUUUGUAAGCUAUAAAAUUAUUAAAGAUGAGUUCAUUACAGUUUUUGAACGAGAGAGCAGACAUUAUUAAGAAAGCCCAAGCCCUAGCUGUUAAUACCAAUGCAGCCAAGGGUCUCCAGGAGGUACUCAAGUCUAAUCUUGGUCCAAAGGGGACUAUUAAGAUGCUUGUAGGAGGUGCUGGACAAGUUAAGUUGACCAAAGACGGAUCCACUCUUUUGGGGGAAAUGCAAAUCCAACAUCCUACUGCUGCUAUGAUCGGUAGAGCUGCUAAUGCUCAAGAUGAUAUUGUUGGUGAUGGUACUACCACUAAUGUUCUCUUCAUUGGAGAGCUCAUGAGAAAGGCUGAGGCUUAUCUAUCCGAAGGAGUUCAUCCAAGAAUCUUAGUCGAUGGUAUCGAGAGCGCUAAAAUCGAGACACUCAAAUUCUUGGAAGAGUUCAAGGAAGAGAGGAAGAUUGACAGAGACUUAUUGAUCGAUAUUGCUAAGGCUUCUCUUGAGACCAAGAUCCACCCUAAACUUGCUGAACAGAUGGCUUCUAUCGUGUCAGAUGCUGUUAUGACCAUCCAGAAGGAAGAUAACAUCGAUCUUCACAUGGUCGAAAUUCUUCACAUGAAGCAUAAGAUGAGCACUGAUACCAAACUCAUUAAAGGACUUGUGCUCGAUCAUGGAGCUAGACAUGACGACAUGCCAAAGAAGUUGACCAACUGCUACAUCUUGACCUGUAAUGUCUCCCUCGAGUAUGAAAAGACUGACGUCCACUCUGGAUUCUUCUGGAGUAGCGCCGAGCAGAGAGAGAAGUUAAUUGCCUCUGAGAGAACAUUCACUAACGAUAAGGUCGAGAAGAUCCUCGAGCUCAAGAGAAAGGUUUGCGAUGGAACUGACAAGUCCUUUGUUGUCAUCAACCAGAAGGGAAUUGACCCAGAAUCUUUAGAUAUGAUGGCCAAGGAAGGAAUUAUUGGUAUCAGAAGAGCUAAGAGAAGAAACAUGGAGAGACUUACCCUUGCUUGUGGAGGUCAUGCCAUGAACUCUGUUGAUGAUCUUACUGAGGAAGACCUUGGAUUCGCCAAGCUUGUCUAUGAACAGACUAUUGGUGAGGACAAGUUCACUUUUGUUGAAGGUGUAGAGAACCCAUUCUCCUGUACAAUCUUGAUUAAGGGUCCAAAUGACCACUCCAUUGCACAGAUUAAGGGAGCUAUCAGAGACGGUCUUAGAUCAGUUAAAAACUGUAUUCACGAUCAAGCUGUUGUUCCAGGAGCUGGUGCUUUCGAGAUUGCUGCUUCUGAGCACUUGAGAGAGCAUCAAAAGACUGUUCAUGGAAAGGCUAAAUUCGGAGUCGAAGUCUUCGCUGACGCUUUGCUUACUAUCCCCAAGACAUUAGCCGAUAACGGUGGGUAUGACUCCCAAGAAGUUAUUCUCGAUUGUGUUGACAAAUACAACGAGACAAAGAAGCCAUUCGGUAUUGAUUUGAACACAGGAAAGCCAUCACCAAGUAACGUGACGAAUGUAUAUGACAAUUACUGUGUGAAGAGACAAUUCUUGAACAUCUCGCCAAUCCUGUCCCAGCAGUUGCUCCUUGUCGAUGAAGUCAUGCGUGCAGGAAAGAGAAUGAGAGCUGAAGAGGAAUAAGAGCUCUAUUAAUUCUAUCUAAUUAUAUAGCCACAUUUUCUACAGUG